CCAGCAGAAAUAAAGAACACAUUCGAUAUGAGCUACUGGCUUUCCAUACAAUCGACCAGUGGAAGCAUCCAUCUUCGCCAUUUUAUUUACUGUGUUUGUGCCUCUUUGUUGUGUUUUAAGUUUUGUUUUCACGGAACUCAAAAUGGAACCAAUAGAAGUUAAACCCGAACUGGUUCAGAUUGAUUUGAACAAAUUGUGUAGAUCUUGUUUGACUGAGAGUUCGGAAUUACAAUCUAUCUUUCUAUCAGACAACUCAACAGGCACUGCCUUACUAAUAGCUGACAUGCUCAUGGAUUUUACAAAUGUUCAGAUAACCAGGGGCGAUGGUCUUCCAGAUUGCAUAUGCCUGCAGUGCAGCAUGCAACUAAGUAGAUCAUACUCAUUCAAGCAACUUUGUCUAACAUCGGAUUCCAGCCUGCGUCAGUAUUUGGGAAAACCGCCACCCGGAAAACUUCAACCGAAAAAUGCAAACACAAUGCCAACCAAAGAGUAUUCUAAUGCGGUGCUUGAAAUAGACAUGGAAACCUCAUCUUCCGAAAGCGAUGAAGAUGAGUUUAAAGAUCAAUCGUUCAUGUUUGGUUCAUGCUCAUCCGAUGUGCCUGUUAAUGAAAAAGCGGUGGCUCAGCAACAGCUUCUCAAGCUGGCCCGCAGUCAGAAAGGUAAAAAUCGCAAGAAGAAACUGAAGAAAGUUGUUCAAAAUGGACAAGUGGCAAAAAAGCGUUACGUUAGUACCUGCAAUGUGUGCAGAAAAAAAUUCUUGAACAUGAAAGCCUUCCGUAAACAUUUGCGCACUCACAUCAAAGAUCGCCCGUUCAAGUGCAAACAAUGCAGUAGAAGUUUCACUGAAGAGAUUUAUUUGAACAACCACAUGAGAAGUCAUUUACCCGAAGAACAGAAACCGCAUGAAUGUAGCAUUUGCAGCAAACGUUUUAUGCAUGCAUCAAUGCUUCAGAAACAUUUUCUAAGGCAUACCAAUGAGCGUCCGUUCGUGUGCAAAAUAUGCAAUAAGGGCUGCUUUGCAGGGAACAGCCUUAUAAAGCAUAUGAAGAUCCAUGAAAAGAAAGAGGGCGAUCCAGGGCUAUUGAAACAUAUCUGUGAUUAUUGUAGAACUGAAUUUCCAAGUUCGGAAGCACUAUCUUUGCAUAUCAAGCAGCAUACAGGGACGAAGCCAUUUGUCUGUAAUAUAUGCAGCAAAUGUUUUCCACAAAGAUUUAAUUUGGAAUUGCAUUUAAGGACUCACACUGGGGAAAGGCCCUUCAGUUGUGAAGUAUGCAAGAAAGGAUAUGUUUCUAAAGCGAGCUUGAAAAUUCACAUGCGAACACACACCAAUGAACGACCAUUUGCUUGUGAAUUUUGUGGAAAAGCCUUCCGACAGUCGGGAGAUCUUACCAGUCACAAACGGUUGCAUGGUACUGGCAAACCAAUCGAAUGUGAAGUGUGUAAUAAGCGAUUUACGACAGUGAUGAAGCUAAAGUAUCACAUGCGUAAUCACACAGGAGAGCGUCCCUACGUCUGCAGCAUUUGCGAAAGGGGCUUUACAGUAAAUACUAUCCUGCUGCGCCAUAUGCGAGUUCACUCAGGAGAACGUCCCUAUGUUUGUGUUACUUGUGGUAAAGCGUUUUCCCAAACAAGCACUCUGAACAAUCACAUGAAAGUACACGCCAACUCAGUCAAGGCUGAACAGGAGAAAGAUUUGAAAUAUGCAGUUCAAAAUAAAUGUAUUCAGAACCUGCAACUCGGCCAGCAGCAGCAGCAACAGGAAGUUGUUCAAUCGCAGCAACAAAUGGUGAUGGAUCAUAGCAAUAGACUUCAAGAAGACGCUCGAAUGCUCCAAAACGACUCAAUGAGGAUACUCCAGCCAGAUACAACAGCAUCAAGACUGUUGGCAGACACCGCGCAUCUUUUAGCAGAAAUUCGACCAAUGAUGUCGGAUGAAUCUCGCAUAUUAGUGAACGACCCGCGGUUGGUGGUUAAUGUGGUUGAACCCACAAGAUUAUUGGUUCAGGAUGGUGGCAGAACAUUGUUGAAUGAUAGCAGAGAUGUAACAAUAGACAAUCAAAUAUUAAAUAACAGCACUGAUAACCGACAUUUAGCCAUUGGUGAUGGAACUAGAAUCUUGACUGAUAAGUAUUUAACGUACAGUUCUUAUAAUGGGGGUCAUUUGUGAAUGCGAUUACCUAAGUUACCCUUGUUAGUUGUUUAAAAAACUGUUAAGUAUAAAAAACUGUUAAGUAUAAAAAACUGCAAAGUGUGUGAUCAGGAACAUUUUUUUUCUUUUUACUUCUGCUGAUAACGACUUACUUUAAUUUUUUACAGGAAAAAUGAAAACAAAUUAAUUUUAAGAAUUAUUAUGUUAGUCUUAAUACAUGUUACUCAUUUUAUACAUACAUGGCUUUUCGGACA